AUGGAGAGUGGUUUCACGGCUCAAGAGUCCUCCAGAUCCUCCAGACACCGCCGCAUCUCAUCCCUAUAUCCACCUGCCGUGGCCAACCCCUUCAUUCAGCAGACGCAUCUGACUACAUGGCAUUGGCUGUCCCUUAUCCUUGUUGGGACUGUACUGGUGCCACUGCGCGUGUCCUUUAUUGGCCUUGUCUUCAUCUUCCUUUGGCCACUGCUGACCUUUUCCACGCUGGGUCUCUCAACUCAUAACAUCAAGGCUACUAAGAACUGGCGAGGGAAGCUGGCCCAGCCAGCACUCCAGUUGCUGUUCCAGCUGACCUAUUUUCUGGCAGGAUUCCUCGUGAAAGUUAGAGGAGAAAGGGCUACUCGGGAAGAGGCUCGCAUCUUCGUGAUAGCACCUCACUCUUCUUUCUUUGAUGCCAUUGCCUGUGUGAAGGCUGGGCUGCCCUCGGUGGUCUCAGCCAGCCAGAACAUGCGCAUCCCUCUGGUUGGAAAGAUCCUGAUGUUCUUGCAGCCCGUGCUUGUGACCCGAGAUGACCCCAAUUCCAGAAAGAAUACCCGCAGUGAAAUCCUAAAGCGAGUGUCCCCUGACAGCAAGUGGCCACAGAUCCUAAUUUUCCCGGAAGGUGUGUGUACCAACCGCACCAGCCUGAUCACAUUCAAACUCGGGGCCUUCACCCCAGGAGUUCCCGUGCAACCAGUACUGCUCAGGUACCCCAACACACUAGACACGGUAACUUGGACAUGGCAAGGGUUUACAGCCUUACAGAGCUGUGUAUUGACCUUAAGUCGUCUCUUCACCAGGAUGGAGAUAGAAUUCAUGCCUGUUUAUGUACCUAAUGACCUAGAGAGAAAAGAUCCUAUCCUUUUUGCCAAUUCGGUGAGAAUCAGUAUGGCAAAUGCUCUGGGACUGCCAGUGACAGAACAUUCCUACGAAGACUGUAAACUGAUGAUUUCUGCAGGUCAGCUCCAACUCCCCAUGGCAGCUGGCUUGGUGGAAUUUACCAAGAUUAGCCGUAAAUUGAAAUUGGAUUUGGACGAUAUUAGUCAGCAUUUGGAUGAAUAUGCUACCAUUGCGAUGGCCUCAAAUGGAGGGAAGAUAGAAAUUGAAGAGUUUGCAAACUACCUGAAACUCCCAGUUUCAGAAACCUUGGGACAACUUUUUGCCAUGUUUGACAGGAAUAAUGAUGGAUACAUGGACUUCAGAGAGUAUGUGAUUGGUCUAACUGUCCUGUGCAAUCCUUACAAUACUGAAAAGAUUCUGAAAAUGUCAUUUAUGCUUUUUGAUAUUGAUAAGGAUGGUUUUAUAACAGAACAGGAGUUAGGUUCUAUACUUCAGGCAGCUUUUAGAGUGCCAAAUCUUGAUGUUUCUAGCCUUUUUAAGGAAAUGGCUGGGCAGAACUCACAGCACUUAUCAUACAGCAUAUUUAAACAAUUUGUUCAGAAAAACCCAGUGUAUGCCAAGUUAUUUAGUUUAUAUUUAGACCUGCAGACAGUCUAUGUAUAAUCUUUACCACUACAAAAGGAAUAAUUGCUAUAUUCAAAUAUUUGAAAGUUAGUUCUACAAAUGAUGAAAGCUCCUUCCAAGUAGAAUCAAUGAGGGAAAGCACAUUAAUUUUCACUCAAAUGACCUGGGAAUUUGAUUAUAACAUAUUUUUUGUGCUUUAUUAUUGCUUGUUCUGCAUUACUAAGAAUAGUCCUUUUAUUCUGACUAAAUACCAAUGAGAACUGAAGCCUCCAAUUGCAUUUGUGUACCUCCUUCACUACCCAUAGACUUCCAACACUUUUACUUAUAACAAUAAUGGUGACAUUGGGUUCCUAUCACUUCAUGUUAAGAUGCAGAUUAAAUUAACCUUUAAUUCUAUAAGUCAGUCAUAUGCCAAGACAGAGAACAACAACCUAUGUAGAUGUGGAAGUAUCUGCAAACUAAUAAAUAUGACUUGCUGACCCAA